CUCGCCCCUACUUCGCGACCGGAGCAAGCUCGAAACGGCGUCGAGCGACGUCCGGCGAGCGGCGGGGAAGGAAAAGCAAAAUUUGGAUGAAGAAGAAUCGAAGCUCGAGACUGGAAAGCAGACUACUUAUCCUCUAGGCAGAGAAGCCAGAAGCGCAAGGAUUUUGGAAAGUCUCGUUGAUCUCAGCCGGCUGUCUCUCGUCUCGGCUCUUACAGGUCUCUGCAAUUCCGCUUCUCCUGAUCCAUACUUGCCCUCGGGGUUUUCAGUGAUGAAUUGAUCUAGAUUCUACCAUUAAGGAAUAAAGGGUGAGCAUUCAGUGCCCUUGUCUCCAAUUUGGAAAUUAAUGGGCUUGAAGAAGGAGCAAGAGAAUAAUUUGGCUCAUGGCCCGGAUUUUUGGAUUGAGACUUCAAAUUCCACUUCUCACAUAUGCAGAUUUGAUUUGCAGGGCCACCUCUCGGUCAAGAUUGUCAAUGAUAGAAGGCCCUUAAUCCAUAAAUUAGUUGAAUCAUUCCUGAGCAAGUUUUUUCCAUCAGGUUAUCCUAAAAGUGUUAAUGAAGGAUACCUAACCUAUUCACAAUUUCGAGCAUUGCAACAUUUUUCAAGUGCUGCGUUGUCUGUGCUUUCGACUCAGUCGCUGCUAUUUGCUGCAGGAUUGCGUCCUACUCCAGCCCAAGCAACUGCUGUAAGUUGGAUUUUGAAGGAUGGCAUGCAGCAUGCUGGAAAACUCAUAUGUAGUGGCAUGGGAGCAAGAAUGGACUCUGAACCAAAAAGUUGGAGAAUACUGGCUGAUGUGCUUUAUGACUUUGGAACGGGCUUGGAAAUUCUUUCUCCGUUAUGCCCACAACUCUUUCUUGAGUUGGCUGGUUUGGGUAAUUUUGCAAAGGGAAUGGCCGUUGUUGCUGCAAGAGCUACUAGGUUGCCAAUAUAUUCUUCUUUUGCCAAAGAGGGCAAUCUCAGCGAUUUAUUUGCCAAAGGGGAAGCUAUCUCGACCCUUUUCAAUGUUUUUGGACUUGGUGCAGGGAUUCAAUUAGCAUCCACAGUUUGUUCAACAAUGCAAGGAAAGCUGCUUGUUGCUCCUCUGCUUUCAGCCAUACAUAUCUAUAGUGUCAAAGAAGAAAUGCGUGCAGCUCCAGUAAACACAUUAAAUCCCCAGAGAACAGCCAUGAUUGUUGCUGAUUUCUUGAAGACUGGAAGAGUACCGAGCCCCGCCGACCUCCGGUAUCGGGAGAAUCUUCUCUUUCCGGAUCGAAUCAUAGAGGAAGCUGGAUGUGUCAAGAUGGGACGACCAUUUCGCAAAGUGAUAGAUAGGCCUUCGAAAUUUGAACGGCUGAGAGCGUUGUUUUCUAAUGAAAAAUUUUUGAUCCACUGCAAAAACGGGCACACUGAUAUGAUUUUGGAGAACAGUGCUGGUGGAGAAGAUGCACUGAGAGGUUGGCUGGUGGCUGCCUUCUCUAAAGAAAGCAGGUUGGCCGGCAUGCCGUCGGAAGAGGAAGUUAUAGGUGCAGCUUAUAGAAAAAUGGAGAAAAUUUUCCCCUCAUUUAUCUCUGAAGUGAAGUGUAGAGGAUGGUAUACUGACCAGUUUUUAGAUGGGAAUGGCAGUCGUUUUGCUUUGUAGUUUCUUUACCACUUCUGACUGAUCAUUGUGAAAGCUUCAAUCUUGUUGUUGAACUGACAUGCAGAUUGUCACUCUCAGGAUUUACAUUUAAUGAGAUUUA